AAUAUUCCCUCGUGCCCCUCUCCCAAAGCAACCCUUUUCUCUCUCACAUUCGACAAUAAUCUUUAUAUAUAAAUAAACCAGCUGGCUCCUAUGGCCUAUAUAUGGCUAUAACCCAGCUAUGGCGACGAAGCCAAAGCUAAUACUCUGAAACGGGUCUGGGAGGAAUUACAGCGAUGGCUAUUAUACGGAGCAUAAUACAGGACAUGAGGUCGAGGUCGGAGCGAGCGGUGCAGGACAGGGCGGUGGAGGCGGUGAGCGACGGGCUUAGCCAGAGCUGCUGGGCUAACAUGCCGCAGGAGCUGCUCAGGGAGGUGCUGGUGAGGAUUGAGGCUUCCGAGAGCGCGUGGCCCCCACGGAAGAGCGUCGCCGCGUGCGCCGGCGUUUGCCGGAGCUGGCGGGAGAUCACCAGGGAGAUCGUCAAGGCUCCGGAGGUCUCUGGAAAGCUCACUUUCCCGAUCUCUGUCAAGCAGCCCGGGCCAAGGGAUUCCCUCCUCCAGUGCUUUAUAAAACGGAAUCGGUCCACCCAGACAUAUUUUCUUUACCUCAGUUUGACUAAUGCCCUUUCUGAUGAUGGAAAAUUCCUUCUUGCUGCACGCAAGUGGAGACGCCCCACCUGCACAGGUUAUAUAAUUUCUCUAGAUGCUGAUGAUAUGUCAAAGGGGAGUGGCACCUACAUUGGAAAACUCAGAUCAAACUUUUUGGGAACAAAGUUCACAAUCUUUGAUGGUCAGCCACCUCAUGCGGGAGCCAAAAUAACGAAAAGUCGCUCCACUAGACUAGUGAAUUCAAAACAAAUUUCACCAAGGGUCCCAGCUGGCAACUAUCCAGUAGCUCGCAUCUCAUAUGAACUUAAUGUGUUGGGUUCAAGUAGCAGGGGUCCUAGGAGAAUGCAGUGUAGCAUGGAUGCCAUUCCCGCAUCUGCAAUUGAACCCGGAGGAGUUGCUCCUACACAGACUGAGUUUUCUGUUAGCAAUAUAGAUUUCUUUCCAUCGCUGCCUUUUUUCCGAUCAAAAUCAAGUCGUGUGGAGAAUUUUGUAUCUGGACCAUUGGCCAGUCAGAAAGAUGGAGUUCUAGUAUUAAGAAACAAGGCUCCCAGGUGGCAUGAGCAGCUCCAGUGUUGGUGUUUGAACUUUCAUGGGCGGGUGACAGUUGCUUCAGUGAAAAACUUUCAAUUGGUAGCUUCUCCAGAAAAUGGUCCGGCUGGACCACAACAUGAGAAGAUCAUCCUCCAGUUUGGGAAAGUAGGGAAGGACUUGUUUACCAUGGAUUACCGGUAUCCUAUAUCUGCAUUCCAGGCAUUUGCAAUCUGCCUUAGCAGCUUUGACACCAAGAUUGCUUGUGAAUGACACGUUUGAACAGGAGAAGCAUAAUUUGAAGAAUAGAUAGCAUGUUGUAAUGCAAUUCAGUUGUUUGGAGAAGGUAAUUGCGAAUGGUGUCAUGACUUUCACCGUUGCAGAAAGAGGCUGAUUUCAGGGUUUUGACUUCAUUACCUCGGAUGUAGACUCUGGUUAAAUGGUGGGAAGAGUUUAUGAAAUCAAAAGUCUUGAACUUCGGAAGUUUGUCACCAUCCAGGCCUUGUAUAUAUUAUCUGUUUGUGUACAUAGCAACUUUUUUUUAUACAAUGUGCCUUCGCUUUUGGUUGUGCUGCUAUUUAAUUUAAUUUAAUUUUUCUGAAA